CCUUAUUUUACCACCCACCUAAAUUUAUCAUCAUUCUUGAAUCGAGUCGGGCAAAAUGAGGCCUGUAACAAUAGCCGAUAUCUCCAAAGGACUCGUCACACCAGAUACUCUUCUCCUUCUCAAAACCAGUACGUUGGGUCUCCGCUACGCGACACAGCUUCUUACCCGUAAUGACGCCGGUAUCUGUCUUCGGAGCAAAGGCGGAAUAACCUUGCCGAACGAGAUAUGGACAAUGAUCCUAGACUUCAUACGCGAGGGGACGAGAGGCACACGCGAGGGUACGAGAAGGAAAAAAGAUAAAGUGUGUUUGGUAAAGGCCGAUCUCGUAGCGGCAUCGCCAAAUACUAUGCUUCUUCGCUGCUUUCGACACAAGUUCGACCAUCCUGCAGACGAGAUGUUUCUAAUCGGCAUCACGGAUAGCAGAAGCGUAGAGGAUUUCGAGGAUUAUCUAGCUUGCGCAACCCCGUCCGCAGCCGAGAAGCUGGGAUCCAAACUGCCUAAGCUAGACCGACUUUCCGGCCCGGACAACACAUUCGACGUCGUCCUCGAUACCAAGUCGGCAGAUCUCUGUCUCUACACCUUCGAGGACGCUGCCGACUUCAUCGCCACGAUCGACGAUGGCGACUGCUGGGUUUGCGGUGGCGAGAGAUUUAUCUGCCCGGGAUGCACCGGCGGGGUUGCGUCAAGGUUUGACGCUUUCAUGGGCUGCGGUGUGGAUCUUGCCUGUCCGCUUUGUAUGGGCAUAGAAUUUUCCGCAGAACACAAGCGUUAUCUAGAAUAUUACUACCACGAAGAGCCAGUCGAGAAGUUCCAAAACGAUAUGAGAGAGGAAGUAGAGGAUAGAUUAGAAGAGCUAGGCUAUCCUGUAUACGUGCCGGACGGUGCGUGGAUAGGUGAAUUCGGGGGAGCUGCCAGAGAGAACCCUUGAUGGAUGUCACACGAAGAGUGGAUGUUAGAAGCAGCAGCGCAGCCGCUGUAUAGUAGCCGUGUGGUAGUAUGAAUCUAUUAACGCUUGGCUUUCUAA